GUGCGGGUUUCUGCAGAUCUGGGGCGAGCUUGCACGUUACAUCACCAUUGCAUCUCUCCUUGCUUGUUCAAGUUGCCACCACUUUAGGCGUGUGUGGCAGAAGUCGUAGAGAUUCUUAAGAGCCGCGGAAUUGGGACGACCUUGGUGACCAAUUUGUAAACUCCAGGCAGAGCUGCGCGUAUGAGUUGGACGCAGACGUGGAUGGCAGGGGAUUUGAUUUUUCUUGACUUUGCAGCUCCUCUUUGGCCCCGUUAGCUUCUCAGAUCAGACGUUAAGGGGCGAAAAAUUAGAAAAGCAAUUACUCUUCCCUGACGGGGUUUCCAGGGGAGAAAGAAUAGUGACAUGAUUAUGCCUACAGCCCUAUAGAGAUUGGUCCCUCUGUCUUCCCCUCAUAAUUGUGGCCUGUUAACUUUCCUGUGUAUACUGCCAAAAUGAGUGACCGCUAUUUAGAACAAAGGAUUAGUAUAAAAUUUUGCGUGAAAUUGAACAAGUCUGCAAGUGAGACCCACCAUCUUUUAAAAGAAGCCUAUGGGGAUGAAGUCAUGUCAAGGGCCCGAGUUUUUGACUGGCACAAACGAUUUAAAGAAGGGCGGGAAGAUGUUCGAGACGAUGCACGAAGUGGUCGGCCUGUCACCCACAGGACAGAUGAAAAUAUCCAGAAGGUCAAGGACUUGGUUUGUUCAAACAGGCAGUUAACCGUGAGGAUGAUGGCUGAAGAGUUAAAUUUAGAUAAAGAAACCGUUAGACUCAUUCUGAAAGAAAACUUGAACAUGAGGAAGGUUUCUGCCAAAGUCAUAUCAGGUAUUUUGAAAGAUGAGCCUAAACCUGGAAAACUUGAUUUGCGAUCACAUCUGUCAAAGGACACUAGGAAAAACAGCUCAUGUGUGAAGAAGAAGUUAACAAUUAUUUGUGUUUUCUGGAUCUGCACGGUCGAUAAAUUUCCAACGAGCAGUGAUUCUGUUCCUCAUCUUUCACUGCUUUAUGGGACAUCAGGGAACGAAAGCAUAACAUCCUGCUUUCCCAUAAGUUCUCUGGCCGCUAUCCUGGCACCAAUUAAAGACAUGUCUAUGCAAUUAAUCAAAACCAAUUUGGAAGCACUCUGGCGCUGUUCCUCUGAUGUGCUGCCUGCUCUACAUACAGUAGUUCCUCAGCUGCAGUGA